AUGGAUAUGCAGAAGUUGAAAGUCUAUCUUGAGUUCUACUCCAUGUUCGCCAAGUUCAUGGCGAAGCAACCAAUCCAACGGCUUAGCUCUGUCAUCCAUCGGCAUACCUAUCACCCAUCGACGAACUCUCGAAACGUCGUAGUCGUGGGAGGGUCAUUUGCAGGAUCGCAUGUCGCGCAGCGCUUAGCCCAUACGCUGCCUUCGGGUUAUCGGGUGGUCCUCGUCGAGAAGAACUCUCAUCUGCACUAUGCUUUUGCUUUUCCUCGAAAUGCCGUCUUUUCCGGUCGCGAACAUCGAGCCCUGAUUCCCUACGACAACCUGGCUGCCGGUGCACCAGACGGCAUCUUCCAAAUCAUCCAGGACAAGGCGCUCAGCAUUACCGAAUCGCACAUCAAGCUGGCUGGCGGAAGUCAGCUCAAGUACGACUAUCUGGUUCUUGCUACAGGGGCGGCCCAGCCGCCUCCAACGCGACUUCAGUCCACAUCCCGGGAUAAGGCCAUUGCAGAGCUCCAGGGCUUCCAGCAGCGGAUCAGCCAGGCCGAGCGAGUCGCAGUUGUCGGUGGUGGCGCUGCCGGCAUAGAACUAGUGACAGAGAUCCGGGCUAGGUACCCGGAUAAGAAGAUAUCACUGGUGCAUUCUAGACAUCAGCUGCUACCACGCUUUGGACCUAAGCUGCAUUCUUUUGUCGUUGACGUCUUACGAGGGAUGGACAUAGAUGUUAUCCUCGGAGAACGCCCAGUCUUGCCAGCUCAGGCAGGAACAGUUAUCGAGGAGACCCAAGUAACUCUCUCGACCGGAGAGACAAAGGUUUGGGAUCUAGUAAUUCCAUGCACUGGUCUACGCCCCCAUUCCGAUAUGCUCAUUACAUAUACGCCGAAAAGCAUAGCUUUCAACGGCGAAAUUAUUGUCAAGUCAACUCUCCAGGUGGACCAUUUACCCUCUUCCAAGGGGAACAUCUUCGCUCUCGGCGACGUCGCCCAGACUGGCGGCCCGAAACAAGGCCGUGCUGGCAUGGUACAGGGGGAGGUAGUUUUGAACAACAUCCUCCGCCUGAUCAAGAACCAACAAGGCUUGGAGAACUAUGAGCCCUUGCCAUUUGAAGGGGCUUUACAACUUACUAUGGGAGAGCAUAACCAUAUCAUGUACCUGCAAACUGGCAACUACGAGUUGCUGGAGGUAAUGAAGGAGAAGGCUGACGAGGAUGUCGGCGCAGCCGAAAUGUGGGAACGGUUUCAUGCCGAGCUUCCGUAG